ACACUGGGACAGUGGUAUUGUUGUCAAGACGGUGCAUAGUUUGUAUCGCUGUGUUGUUAUAGCUUGAUUCUGCUCACAUUGUGCUGUUACAGUAGGAGCCAUGGGAGUGCACGGACUUUGGAGGCUGCUGGAGAGUACAGGCAAACCCGUCAAUCCCGAGACACUGGAGGGAAAGAUUCUUGCUGUUGAUAUCAGUAUAUGGCUCAAUCAGGCAGUGAAAGGGGUGCGGGACCGUGAAGGCAACAGUGUCAAGAACGCCCACCUCCUCACGCUCUUCCACCGAAUUUGCAAACUGCUCUUUUUCCGCAUCCGACCAGUUUUUGUGUUUGAUGGGGAUGCUCCGCUACUUAAGAAACAGACACUGGCCUUGAGGAGGCAAAGGAAGGAAGAGUUAAGCCAAGAGUCCAAAAAGACUAAUGAGAAGCUCCUCAAGACAUUCCUGAAGAGACAAGCUAUCAAAGCUGUGCUUGGAGACAACAAUAAGGAUCCUCUACCCAGCCUCUCCACUGUGAGGAGAAAUGAGGUGGAUGACAUGUAUAUUCUACCAGCUCUGCCACCUGCAGAGGAGGAGCGGAAAAGCAGUUCAGAGGAAGAGGAAGAGAAAGAGUGUGAGGAUGUGGUUGAGCAGGUGGAAGAAAUGUAUGCGGACCCCAACUCCAUGGACAUCAACUCUGAGGAGUUUGCCUGCCUUCCACUGGAAAUGAAACACGAGAUACUCAAAGACAUGAAAGAGUUUUCCAAAAGACGCCGAACCCUGUACCACACACCUCCACAGCUCUCUGAUGACUUCUCUCAGUACCAGCUGGCCGGCUUACUGCAUAGGAACAAGCUGAAUCAACAUCUGGAGGGAGUGGAGAAAGAGAUGAACCAGCGCAGUGCUGGCAGUAUGGCACAGGUCUAUGGAGAGGACCAGGAGAGUCAUGACGUGGAGUCACGUCGACUUGUUUCAGAAGACAACUCCCACUACAUCCUUAUUAAAGGCUCUAACAAAUGUAAAAAGCCCCCCGAGAACCAGCCUGCCACUGCCGCCUGGACUGGGAACUCAACCUUUAAAAAGCGAGCAGUGGACAAACCAGAGCCUCUUUGGUGUCCGGUGUCUGAGGAAGAAGAUAAAAAGAAAGUUUCCUGUUCAGAAGACUGUAAACCCUCAGUAUCUACACAAGCAUCACCCCCUUCGCCUCGCACACUGAAGGCUAUCCAGGCUGCUAUGAGUGACGACUCAGAUGUGGAAACUGUGGAGCAGGAAAGGAGAGAUGGUAACAUUUCUCCCCGUACGCUGCUCGCCAUCCAACAAGCUCUGGCUGAGGAGGACGAGGAUGAAGCAAAGCGCAAGACUCAAAGCAGCAAGUUACAAAUAGUAAUUAGCAGUUCUGACGAAGAGACAGAACCUAUCAGAGAUGUAGCCCAAGAAAAGUCUGACUUUACAAAGAACCCACCAGCCAUAAAUGUACCUGAUAUCUUGUUAGACAUUAGUUCAGAAGAUAUGGACGAAGUAAUCGGACAGAGAAAUAAAGCUUUCCACUUUGCAGCAGAUCUUCAGGAAUUGAAUGAAGCAUCGGACCGUGGGGAGAGGAGUGAGAUGCUUAAAGCCAAGCUGGCUGGAAGUUGUAGUCAAAUAAAAAUACUUGAUGAGAGAGGAGACUGGGCACAGGGAUUAAUGUUUGAGAAGGCACAUCACACCCAUCCUGAAACGGCUGCUUGUGUGUCAGUGCAGCUGCAUGGAAAACCUCCCAGAGACGCUGAGCAGCAAAAUAAUGAACCCGCUAUUCCACAGACGAAUCGUGACGACGGGAGUGACUCAGAAGACAGCUUCUAUGAAGUAUCAGAAGAGAAACCUGAAGAGGAUGCAGAGGCGGUCCAUGAAGAUGAGACCAUGCAAGCGGAAAGUUGGCCCAAUGCCCCUGUCAGUCCUGCAGAGUCUUUGAAAUUGGAAGAAGAAAAAGACAACAAAACACACACUGAAGAGGGGGAAGAGUUGGAGGAGGGAAAAGAGAAAGCAUGUAGACCUCCUUCAGUCAAUGAAUGGGAAGAUUUUGAUGUGGACGAGCUGCAGUCUCUCGAGAGUUCUCUGCAGGUGGAACAGAGCAGCUUGAGGGAGCAGAAACAGCAGCAGGAGAGGAUGGCCAACACGGUCACAGGGCAGAUGUACUUGGAGAGCCAGGAGCUCUUGCGGCUGUUUGGGAUUCCAUUCCUUGUGGCGCCAAUGGAGGCAGAGGCGCAGUGCGCUGCACUAGACCGAACCGACCACACUAACGGGACCAUCACUGACGACUCUGAUGUUUGGCUGUUUGGAGGGCGACACGUCUACAAGAACUUCUUCAGCCACAACAAAUAUGUGGAGCACUACCAGUACAGUGACCUUCAGAACCAACUGGGUUUGGACAGAACAAAACUGAUCAACCUGGCAUACCUGCUGGGAAGUGACUACACUGAGGGCGUGCCCGGGGUUGGGUAUGUGACUGGCAUGGAAAUACUCAACGAGUUCCCGGGACCCGGAUUGGAGCCACUAACAGAGUUCUGCAAAUGGUGGUCAGAGGCUCAAGAGAAAAAGCGUUUGACCGCUAAUCCUCGGGACACCAAAGUGAAGAAGAAGCUCAGGGAGCUCAAACUUCAGCCUGGCUUCCCAAACCCUGCGGUAGCUCAAGCUUACUUGCAGCCGGCUGUCGACCAGUCGGACAGCUCCUUCAGCUGGGGACGCCCACAACUGGACAUGAUCAAAGAUUUCUGUCAAAUUCGUUUCGGCUGGAGCGGUCAAAAAACCACGGAGACCCUUCAGCCUGUGAUCAAGCAGCUCAACAUGCAGCAGACUCAGCUGAGGAUAGACACAUUCUUCCGCAUAGAGCAACAAGAAAAGCAGGCAAUCCGAAGCCAGCGACUCCGCCGGGCCAUCACCUGCAUGAAAAGAAAGGAGAAAGGGGAGGAAGAUGAGGAGUCUGAGGAAGAAAUUGUGUCUCCAUCCAAAUCCAAGAGGGGAAAGACAAUAGAGCAGAGCCAGGGGAAAGCUUCACAUGGAAAAGUGAGAGAAGAGGAAGGAUCUGUGGUCGGAGGAGGGUUCUUGGGUUCAGAGGGAAGUAAAGAAACUAUGAUUACAUCUCUGAACGAUGUGACCCGCACCAUCCAGGAGUCACGCCUGCCAAAGGUUACCACGGCAGUAGCACAGAACACGGCACAGAGCAUCAAGAGCAACAGCAGCUCUGGCGAGGACAGCGAAGACGACAACGAUGCUGAAGUUGCGAUGGUGACUGCCCGAUCUGUGUUUAAGGGAAAUGUGAGAGGAUGUGGUGCGAAAAGCAGGAGAGGAAGAGGAAGGGGAAAGAAAAACUGA